GCAGUGACAGCCAAGACUUUAGUCAAGGACGCGGCCCUGAUGCAUAUUUAUUAUAGUAAAAUAGAGAAAGAGGAGAGAGAGAGAGCAACUCAGGUACACACUGGAGCGCAUUAUUGGGCGUGGGACAAGAGGAGGGGAUGAGGAGGGGGCGUGCUAAAGGUUUUUUUUGGUGCGCGAGAAAAGCCGCUUAUUCAUAACACCCACAGAAGCAGGUGUAGGGCAGGCCACCUAGACACAUGCGUUGCAUUGUUCUUAAAUUAAAAUCUACACAUCGAGACCAAGGGGUUUCCGGAGGAAUUAAUUGCACCGGGAAAUGGUUUCGCAAUGUUAAUUGACAUUAGAUGCGCUUCUUUUGUUCACCCGCAUCUAUACUUCCCGUUGUGACUGUCGAGACACACUAGUUAGGUGCGAUCGCAAAUGACUUGACAUAGAUAGUGGUGGUCGCAGUUAAACACUUUCUUUCUGAAAAAUAGAGGAAGAAUUGAACACGAUGACUGACCAGUACAGUAUGUUUCUCACCACCGCUCCCCCUCUGAGAAGAGGAAGCACACCUCUACCAAUCAAGCACCAGCUGAGGCGGGAGGAGGCUGUAUCAGAGGACCAUGACUGGAUACCAGGGAUUGACGAACCGGCCACGCUGCCAAUCAGUGACGCACUUUGCCGGGAUGAAUCAUUUAGUCAAGCGCCGGAGGGGUAUCAUGGGAGUGCUAUAAGGAUCGUACUACUUGGGCAGAAUGGGGUUGGAAAAUCAGCACUCUCUCUGGCCCUGGCUGGACUGUCAGACAGCUCACUAUCUGUGGACUCUGAAACAGCCUGUGGAGAAGGCUACGAGCGCACGGUGUCAGUUGACGAUGAGGAGAGUUCAGUCAUCAUUUAUGACAACUGGAAACAGGACCUGUCCACUCUGCAGUGUGAGGUGGUUGUCCUGGUGUUCUCUGUGACAGACAGGAGAAGUUUCCACCGCACCGCCCAGCUCCGCCUCAUCCUCAGGGAGUCGCUGCCCCACACUCCCAUCAUCCUCGUGGGCAACAAGAGUGACCUCGUCCGCUCUCGGGAGAUCAGCACAGAGGAGGCCCACUCCAGUGCCAUGAUGUAUGAAUGCCAGUAUCUGGAGCUGUCUGCCUCCCUGGACCAUGGUACCACCGAGCUGCUGGAGGGAGCGGUGAGGGCUGCCAGGGGAGACUGCGUUGGGCCGGGCUGGACGGAGGGGGACCCUGGGGCGGGGCGCAGGGAGAGUCUGACCAGCAAGGCCAAGCGCUUUCUGGCUGGCCUGGUGCCGCGGUCCUACGGCCGAGGAGACCGGGACAGGGGUCAGUACAGAGAGAUGAGCAGACACCGGGGCAGCAAGAUCCUCCGACAGAAAUCACGCUCCUGCCAUGACCUCAGUGCCAUGUGACACAUCAGACGGACCGAGAUAGAGAGAGGAGGUGAGACACAGACUGGCAGAACCCACUCAACUAACUCCUGGCUGAGUCCGAGCACGUUGGGUUGCUACAGGAAGACCGACAAAGAUGAGGGUUGAGGAGAUGACGAGAGACUCAACUACCUGUGGCUGUUUCAUGUUAUAUUGUUUUUUUUUUACCUGCUGAAAUUGUAUACACACACUACAUACAUACAGGACAUUUGCAUAUACGGAUAACUACCAAAAUAAAGGAAACACCAAGAUAAUAGUGUCUUAAUAGGGCAUUGGGCCACCACGAGCCGCUAGAACAGCGUAAAUGCGCCUUGACAUAGACUCUACAAGUGUCUGGAACUCUAUUGGAGGGAUGUCACAUCGUUCUUCUACGAGGAAUUCCAUAAUUUGGUGUUUUGUUGAUGGUGGUGGAAAACGCUGUAUCACUGAUCUUGGUAGCCAAAAUAAUAGUAGCCAAAAUAAUGGUCAUGUAUAAAAAUGUGCAUUUUUAUACUAGCCCAAUGUUGUAGUUGAGUCACUAAACCUGUGAGGUCGAGUCUUGAGUCCCUAUGGCUGAAUUCGAGUCCGAGUCACCAAUGGUCGAGUUACGUCCAAUUUAUAAUAGGUCUUAUUAUGCAAGUAUUUCUAGUCACCACCAGAUGGCAGUAUAUUGCCACUCCCUCAUGUGGAAACCCAACUAAUGUACUAUUCAUCACUACCUCACAAUUUCUACUCAAUACCUGUGUUUCACUACUUAUUUACUACAUAAAUGAAUGGUAUGUCA